AUGGUCUCACAAGAUUCACUACAACCUAAGGCAAGCCGGUUGCGCACUUCGACGGCAGGAAGUCCUCAUAUCACAGAAGAAAUCCCGCUGCUAAAGCAAACAGCCAUUUCCAAAACCACUUGUUCGGACUGCGGUUCUCCUCCCGAUCAUGUCCAACAUGACAUCUUAGAUCUUGAAACGCUCGACUCGGAGGUUCCGCGGUUAAGGGACUUGGUGCGGACGGUAGUGAGCGGCUUGCUGCACAAUGUCGACGAGGCUCUGGGCGAGGGCCUCAUCGGCGUUGGGUUACGCUACGCUGGUAUCUUCGGCCAUAGUUGCGUAGUUGUUGGGAUGUAA